AUGGGUCAACGGGUAUCGAAAACAGAUUUAACUCCGGAUGAAGUUGAGUAUCUAUCCAAUGCACUUGAUUUAACAUCUGAAGAAAUCAUGCGUUGGUAUGGUCAGUUCAUGCACGAUUGUCCGAAUGGUAAACUUGAUCGCGAGAGUUUUCAUCGGUUCUACAAAUUGUUACAUCAGGGCGAACCACGCCAGCUAGAUUUCGUUGCUGAUUGCGUAUUCAACACAUUCGACUUCGACAAAUCCGGUUAUUUGUCAUUCGGAGAAUUUCUUAUUGCUUAUAUAUUCUCAUCUUGCAAAGACUACCAGCGUAAACUGAAUUUUGCUUUUCAACUAUACGACACGAAUCAGAAUAACAUCAUGGAAUAUUCCGAAUUGGUCUACGCGAUCGGAAAGAUGCAUGAACUACGUGGCUUGGAAUCGAAAAAUAUCCAAGGUCUAGCUAAAGAAAUCUUCGAUCGAUUGGAUCGAAAUGUCAAAGACGGCCGUAUUACUCAAGAAGAAUUCGUUCUCGGCUGUUUAUUCAAUCCAACAAUUGCUCCCUUACUUGAACCAUUUGUUUAA